CACUGUGGGUGUAACCAGAAAUGGGCGCGUUUUCUCCUCUUGAUAGAGUUUGGUCUCUCGCGAUCCCCGUAGUCCUUGCCGUGACGUCACCCGGGCGAAGUCGUACCGAAUCAACAGCGGGAAAAUAUAAAGGCAGAGACACGGUCCUACAGAUACAGUCAUGAAUUGUGGAGAUCGACUUGUUCAGACGUUACGGAAGCUGAGCUAUCCUAAAGCUUCUAAGUUGGAUGGAGAAGACUUUGACUGGCUCUUCGAAACCACAGAUGCCAGAUCUUUCCUAGACUGGUUCUGUGCCAACAUCACUGAGCAAAAUGUGGUAUCGGAGGAGAAACAGCAGGCUUUUAAUGAAUUAAAGGAGUCUGGGAAAGUUCUGGAUGAAAAGGCUUUAGAGGAGGUAAUGAAGAUGGUGAAGCCAUCCAGCUCUAAGGGCUCUGCUCUGGAGGAGUUGGCUGUGGAGAAACUGGAGGAAGAGCUUCACACCUUGCAGAAAUUACGAGCUCUGCGCCUACAGAGGAGGAACAAGCUUCAAAUGCUGGCAUCUGCCAAUGCCCACUCUUGUCUGAAGCUGCAAUAUAAAGAGGAUAAAGACUCCAAAGCCUUGAGUGAAACCUUGAGCCGCCUGCAGGUGACUGGUACCAAGCUGAAUCAUGAGCUCCAAACAGUUGUCGAGGGAAUUCAGAAGCUCGUGUCCUUCUACCGUCCACAAGAAAAGGGUCAGACCUCAUCAUCACCACCAAUAUUCUUAUUCCAGGUUCUCCUAGAUAAAUACUUAUCAUGUGAAGAACAAAGCACUGUGACACUGACACAGUUUACUAAAGAACAUUUCUUUGAGGGCUUGUCUAGGUGUAUUGAAGGGACAGAUGAAGACUUUGAGCUCAUUCAGCUGGAUGGAGACGUCCGUAAUGAUCCUGCCCUGGAGGAAAAGUGCAAAGAAAUGAUGAGACUCCAGCUGGCUUACAUCAGUGCAAAACACAAGCUAAUAGAGACAAAGGCCAAGAAUUCAAGUAUAAAGGCUGGUCUGCAAUGGGUAGAGGCCAAUAGCAGUGCAGUGCAGAGCAAGGCCGCUCAGAAAGACAAGCUGAUGGUGAGACUAUCGAGUUUGAAGAAUGAGACAUUGCAGAUUGAAGACCAAAUAGAAUCCAUUAAGAGGGAGACUCUUCCAGCUCUAGUCCGGGAGAGUGCUCAGCUAUUGAAUAUGCCCAUUGUUAAAGGAGACUACGAUAUGCAGAUUGCCCAGCACAAUGUAUACAAGGCCAGGCAGGACCUGGUGUGCGAUCAUCUGAUGAAGCAGAGGACCUCCUUCGAGCUCUUACAGCUAGGCUUUGAACUGGAGUUAAGGAAACAAAGAAAUGUGAACCGUCAACUGGAAGCAUUAAUACAGGAGCUGAGAAAAAGCGCUGAGACACUGGAAGCAAGAUUACUGAUGAUGUCUGAUGCUUCCUUGUUGGCUUCAAACAAGCCGAGGAUUAACAUAGAUUCUAGAGAUCUGGCCACGCACGGAUUAUACCAGCUUCUAGAUGGAGACAACUCUCAGAAACUCUUCAGAACCUACAGCACUUUAGAAUCGGUAGCACAGAAGCUAUCCCUGGAUAUCCAGUCUGUGCAGGACCAGCUAGCCGUUUCUCAGCAAGAACAGUCUAUUUUUAUGUCAAAGCUUGAAUCCGAUCUGAAGACAUUACAAGACAAUAUGUAUGAGGAUGGACAUCAACUCAUGCUAACUAUCCCGGAGCUGUCCUCCAGUUUUCAGCAACUAACUUCCCAUCUAGACCAGUUAAAUCAGAUUUUAUUGGAAGUUCUGGAAGAUGUGAGGGUGAAGCAGAAGAUUUUACAGUCAAGCAAGUUUGAGAAAUUGGAAAAAGAACUUUACGUUUACUUCUUCCAGAAUGAAGAGCUUCUAAGGAGGAUUGUGCAAAAUCUGGAGUCCCGGGUAGACAGUCAGACCUUGUAGUAAUACAUAUACUGUAUAUAAUUAAAUUUUUUAAACUUUUUUUUAAUUAUAGAUCCAAUCACUGUCUUCCAGUGUUCCCUCACCUGUGUCCCUCCAGCUAUUGAAAAACUACAACUCUCAGCAUGCCCGGACAGCCUUCUUCUGGGGGUUGUAGUUUUUUGCAAAAGGUUUGGGAACACUGGUAUAUACAUAAUUAACAGCUUGUUUUUACUCUAUGUAAAUAUUCAUCCAUUUGGUUUAAGCAACAAAAUUAUUUUAACAUUCACUUUGAUGGGUAGGGGUCUCUCAACUGGCACCCACACUGAAAUUUGGGGCAAAGAUUCUGUGGCCGUACCUCUAUGAUUUAGACAUUGGUGGCCCACCCUAGGUUUAUUCUGUCUCUCUGGUGGAGAAACCCCCUUAUUAAGAGGUUAUUGCAUAAUGGCAGCCUAUCACCGAUCCACAGGAAAGAGAAGUGUCUGAUUGGUGGAGGCCCAAGUGCAGCUGUUUAAGUGGAGACACCUGCUCAAUAGGUGAUAAGUUGUCUUUAUGGGAACCCCACCUUUAAAGGCGUACUCUGCCCCUAAACAUCUUAUCCCCUAUCCAAAGUAUAGGGGAUAAAAUGUCUAAACGCUGGGGGGGGUCCGGCUGUUGGGCCUCCCCGGCAACUCCGCUCUGUGCUGGAUGACAGGCAACCACAGCCGUCACGCCCCCUCCUAUAGACAUGAAUGGAAGGGGCAUGGAGUGACAUCACAAACACGGAAGCUUCAAGCUUACGUGUUUGGAACGUUGCAGUGCCGGCCCCGGAGAUUGCGAGAUCAGACAUGUUAUCUAGAUUAAGAUUUCUAGGGGCGGAGUACCUCUUUAAAGGGAAUUGCCUUUAGAUCAUAUAGCAGUGUUUCCCAACCAGGGUGCCUCCAGCUGUUACAAAACUACAACUCCCAGCUUUUGCAACAGCUGGAGGCAUCCUGAUUGGGAAACACUGUCAUAUAGACAUGCCAGAAAAUAGAUAGGAUUACUGGAAAUAAGACCCACUCACCCAUUUUAUGGAGUGCUGAAUGGGUUUGACUUAUAGUACAUAGCACUGUGGCACUUUUUUCUUUUAGGAAAUUAUUGAGUUGCCCCAGUUUAUGAUUCCCAUCCAAUGUCAGAAGAUGAAGUCCACAUUUAUUAUUUUAACAUAAUAUAAAUAUACAGUAUUUUUAUUUACAGUUUCAUUAUCUUAUGGCUGUAUUGUUUUUAACCUUUUACAUUUGUUUCAAUGCAUUAACAAAAAAAACAAACAAAAAAAUCUAUUGUUGUUUUGCCAUCCUUUACAAUCUUCCAAUAAUGGGUUGGUCCAGUCUCAGAACUUUGUGAUAAGUAUUCUAGGUAGUAUGGAUUCCCUCCUCUUUGGGACUGGACACAGUAGGACAAUAGUUUUUUUUUUUCCAUAAUACAUUUUUUAUUAUAUAUUUUCACAAACAAUAAAACAAAACAUAGUAGCGAAGCAGAGGACAUCUAAUAGUAACAGAAGAGGGCGCAAGUACGCCAGGACACAUGGCUAUGAGGACAAUAGUUUUAUUGAGUCGAGGCAGACAAGAGAGUAUAUGUAUAUGAUUCGUGCAAGUAAACGUACA